AUGAGGAGAGAAGGGGGAACAUCCCAAGACAUGCGAGAAGAAACACCAAUCGAAGAAGGAAACGAUGUACACGAGGAUGGCAAUGGCUCAGACAGACACAGGGAUAAGAGACAGAAGCGAAACGAUAACGACGACCCACGCACUAGGUCUGUGCCCGGAUCGAGCUCAGGGCCAGGAACGACAGAUCAGAGAUUGUAUUAUGACCUGAAAAUUAAACGGAGUGCGUCCGGGGUUGGCCCACAAACACAUGAUCCAGAGCUGUAUGAGCGGAUACAGAGGGAUGCACGGUCAGGGGUAAAUAUUGGUCCAGGAGCUGGCGUGGUGGUUAAAUGUACGCCACACCAAGAGCCACGGAGAGACACAUCUCAUAGCCAUGGCCAUGCUGCAGGCGACACCCUGACCCCUGGAGGAAGGAAGAGAGCAGGGGAUGGCCAAGUUGAAACGGGUAUUUCGGCUACAGGCACAUCAAGUGAUGCUGACGAGCUCCCCGCUGCGAGGACGAAGAAACGAGCUAGAGUGGAAGACAGUUCAGAGGAGUCAGGCUCUGGUGUCGGUGAGAGCAGUAAUACUGCCAAAAUAGACAAGGGCAAGGGCAGGGCUGUUGAAGGAAAUAACCGCUCUGAUUCAGUUGACCAUCCGAGACAAAGUGAUGCUGUGUCUGAAUCUGUUCCGUAUAAAUCAUCAAAGUUCACGCCCUCGCCAGGAGAGAUUAAGACGAGGCCUGAACAUAUCCCAUACAGCAGGUUCUACCAAGAGAGGCUCGUAAAAAAGUUGCGGAGGGAGUUCGGUCGUAUGGGCCGAAGACGCUUACUGCUUCAUUUUCCGCAGCCCACACAUCCUACUCGGCGGAUUAGAACGUGGAGUGCACCAGCAAUCAACCGCCUGGGUAGCUUUGGUCAGACAUUGGCUAGUGCGCUUCCAUCUUGUCCGCAGCUGACCAGGCCCGGCCGACGGGUUGGUCUCAUUUACGAUGGGAAGACGCCCGUCAUAAAGGAGGAGAGAUUGUCAGAGGAAAUAGAUCCAAAACAGUUUCCUCUUCCAUCUAUUGAGGAAGAGCCUGAAGGUGAAGCAGGGACGUCAACAAGGAAUGAGUUUGAACGUCUGGUUUCAGGGAGUAUAUCACAGCAACCUCAUGGCGAGGCUGAACCCGAAGCUGUAGUAGAGGGGCGACCCAGACGGGCUAGGAGACAGGCUGCUAUCUCAGGAAGAGAGAAGAUGCGGGAGCACACGGCACCCCCAGCACGACGCGGUACACGAGGACCUGCUGCCAGAAAGACGCCUGCUGCGCCUUCUGCAGAGUCACGGCCUCAGACAAGGGAGCAGAUUUCAGUAGAAAUCCCAGUUACCGUCCCCGAAGUACACGAUCAAGAGGGGCAAGCUGAAAGCAGCACCCGACCAAAGCGAGCCACGACGAGCAGGGCAAAGAGCAAAGCUCCCGGUAAAGCCCCGGCCACUCCCGCGCCCGAAACAGCCAAAGCAACAAAGGUAACCAAAGCAGCCCCUAAAAAGCCAGCCGCGAAGGCGAAGACACAGGCUAAGGGCAAAGCCGCUCCCAAAUCGACGGCCGUCAGCAAGGCAGCCAAAGGAGGCGCUGGUAAGAAAAGGGAGUGA